CGACCAAUUUCCAUUUAGUAUAAUGAUUAAAAAAGAUUUGUGCGAGUUUUCGGAAAGUGAUGACGAAAAACCAUUGACAAGGCAUAUAAAGACUAGAAAAAAAUUACAAAGGUUUGAAGAUGAUGAUGAUGAAAAAGAUGCCUUCCUAAAUCAAAAACAAAAUGAUGACCCAGAUAGCCCUAAUAAUAAUCCCCUUCCAAUUUUUGAAAAAUUUUUCACAAAUGAAAUAGUACAAGAAAUUGUAAGAUGCACGAAUAUUUUUAUUGAAAAAUUGAGCAGGAAAUAUAAAAAUUCAUCGGGUUUCACAAAUGUAGAUGAAAUAAAAGCGCUCUUAGGUGUCCUAAUUUUAACGGCAGCAAUGAAUGAAAAUCAUUUUAGAACCGAAGACAUUUUUAACUCCGAAAUUCAUGGAUCACAGUACGUGUCAUGUAUGAGUUUACAAAGAUUUUCGUUUUUAGUCCAAAAUAUAUGUUUUAACGACAAAGAGACCGAAGAAAAUGAAUCAGACCCUUUUUCUCCAAUGAGAAACAUAUGGGAUUUACUUAUGACACAAUGUCGAAACAACAGUAUACUUGGAAGUAAUGUCACCAUUGACGAGAUUUUGGUACCAUUUAGAGGAAGUUGUAGUUUCAAAAUGUUUCUUCCCGACAAUGAGAAAAAAUACGGCAUCAAAAUUAUGACGAUGUGCGAUAGUAGUAGUUACUAUAUGAUAGACGCAAUGCCUCAUCUUGGGAAAUACACUAAAACUGACGGUUGCUCGGCGUCUGAAUUUUACAUAAAAGAGCUCACUAAAUCUAUUCACGGUACUAAAACAAAUGUAACAGUGAAAGGACUAAAACCGUCAAUUUAUCUCGCAGAACAGAUGUUAGAGAAACCAUAUAACCUAACAAUGAUAAGUUCGGUUAAAGCUAGUAAUAAAGAAAUUCCUAAAGUUUUGAAACGCAACACGAAUCGUAGCAUUGAGACUCCUUCGUUUUCUACUGUCGGCUCAGUAACAUUCAUGUCAUAUAAUUUAGAUUCAAAUGCGAUAAGAUAUCUUUUAGCAACUAACGACGACAAAAAUGCCAUCUUAGAAAACUAUGACGCCACUAAAAAUUCAGUGGUGGCGUUCGACCAAAUGUGUUCGGAUAUGUCCUGCAAGAGAAAGGGUAAUAACUGGACGACAAUCUUAUUUUAUCAUUUAAUUAACAUUGUAAGUGUAAAUAGCUACAUUCUGUAUUGUCAAAACAGUAAAAACGAUAAUCGCAAACCCAUACAGCGGAGGGUUUUUAUGAAUAAAUUGCACGCGGAUCUCGCCAAUCCCUGGAGAAAAAUACGUUUUGGGUUAAGCAACAUGCCUAGAACGGUUAAAAACGAUAUACUGGCUGUUUUAAAUAAGCAAAAAAAAGAAUGUCCAGGAAUCGCAAAAGAAAAAAAAGAAGUUCCCGAAGGAAAGAGGCGAGCGUGUUCGAUGUGUCAUUAUAAGUUAAAUAGAAAAACUAGAAAUGUUUGCAAAAAAUGUAAGCAAUUUAUCUGUGGCCAGCACACUGCAAGCGUUUGCGUCAUUUGCGCCGAGGAUCUUGUUGCAAUACGACACUGAUACAAGUUCGAGUAGUCUCGCAAGUGUAAAAAGAAUAGACCGAAAAAAGAAAGAUAAGGGAAGAUUGCGAAGAAGAAAUCAAAGCACAAACCGUAGUAUGUCAAAUAAAAAACGCAAGUUCAAUUUAAACAGAGGAUUAGAAUACGUGAGCCGAACAGGACGGGUACAUGAAAAGAAAAAAAUAAAAGCCCCUUGCAAAUGUCCCAAAAAAUGUUCGGAAAAAAUUCCAGAACCUGUAAGACGCACAAUAUUUAGAAACUUCUGGGAAAUAGGGGAUCACUCUCGGCAAUGGGAUUUCAUUGCAAAGCAUGUUGCAAAACUAGACAAGAAAAGAGUUGUUGUUGAAAACUCUCUAAGAAACUGCACUCUGCGAUAUUCAUUACCGGUAACGGAUGAUUGUGGGGGCGUUAAAACGACGUAUGUUUGUAAAAUCAUGUUCCUAAACACUUUAUCUAUAAGUUUUAAUUUCGUGAGAACGGCGUUGGAAAAGUUUGAAAAAGGUUUCGGGGUGAUAGAACAAGAUUGUAAGGGAAAGCAUUUACAUCAUCCAGUUACACCCAGGACAGCUGUUGAUUAAGGUGACGCCGCGUUAAAGUAAAAAACCGUGUUGGAUAUGUUUUAGAUUGCUUGUUUUCUAUGAGAGGCCGGGCCGGCCGGAGUACAAGCAAUGGAAUAGCAAGAA